AUGAGGCUUGUAUUCGCGUUUCUUCAUGCCGCCACCUCAAACUUCAAAUCUGCUGCUCCUGAAGCUGCUGUCGAGGGGCCGUCGUACGGACAUCUCCCCCACAAGAUUAUAUCCAGAGAGAUAAUGGGUGGAUUGGACACCGUAGUGGUGGUUUGGAAAGGAUUUGGAAUCCAAGUGGUGGUGCUCCUAAGCUUCACAAUGCAGGCCAUACUGGUCUUCUUGGCAGAUGGUCGGCGAUACAUUAACAAUAAUUGGUUGAGGGUGAUCAUUUGGUCAGCUUAUGUGCUGGCCGACCCGGCAGCAAUAUAUGCCCUAGGCCACAUGACCUUUGUGAGUAGGUUACCCGAGCACCAUCUUAUGGCGCUGUGGGUGCCGAUGCUCCUGGUGCACCUUGGCGGGCAGGACAACAUCACAGCCUACGCCAUUGAGGACAACCGGCUGUGGCUGCGUCACCUGCAGAACUUUGGAGUACAAGUCGUAGCAGCCGCCUACGCGUUGCAUGUGUCAACCGUUCUUGGCAGCCAGACCCCGCUCCAAUGGGCAUGCAUCCUCAUGUUUGUGGUCGGGGUUCUCAAGUACGGGGAGAGGAUAUUUGCGCUCAUGCGCGCAAGUAACUGUGCAAGUAGCAACCUAUCCGCCACCAGUUAUGAGGAAUUUGUCUUUAAGCACAACAAUCAGCAGAGGCCAGCAGGUGGUGUUAAUUCUGCCAUGGGCUCCACGCCUACGCACGAUAGGUUUGAUUUUGUGCAGAUAGCCAAGCUGCGAUGGAUAGCUUACACACUGUUGGAUGUUCCCAAGCAAAUGUUCGAGGGGCCAACACGCUAUGUGAAGAUCUACGAUGCUCAGCAGUUGAAAGGAGAAGAGAUGUUGAAGGUGGUGUGGAUACAGCUCUCAAUGAUGUACGACCUCUUGUACACCAAGGCCGCGGUGGUGCAUACAACGUGCGGCUGGUGCAUCCGCCUCUUCUCGCUGCCAGCCACUCUAGUGGCACUGGCACUGGUGAUGUUUCAUUUGCAUGCAUCUUCCGGAUCCGGUUACAACAGGGUAGAUGUGGUUAUCACAUAUGUUCUGCUAGGCGGCGCACUCGUCCUCGAGAUCAUCUCGGUGGUGAGGGCCAUCGGCUCCAGCUGGACAGGAGCUCUCCUAGUGGAACGGAAAUGGGUCCAUCUUGCUGGUCGGCUUCUUCUUCUUGCAAAGCUCGUCACGUGCGCCCCUGGAAGUGGAAUAGGCUACCGGACGGACCAAGGCUGGUUCACCGUGGCCUAUAAGUGGGGCGGCUUGGGAUCAAUUGGGCAACAUAAUCUGUUUAAACUCUGCGCUCGCAGCAGGAAGAAUACAAGCAGCAUAAUCGCAAGAAAGUUGGGACGGGACGACCAGUGGGACUCCAUGUGGUACUCCUGGUCCAUGGGCCUCACCAAAGAUCUCAUUGACGGAGUGGUGCUACUGGUCUCGCGGUCGAAAAGGCCCCAUGAACGUGAGGUAUACAACUCACGCGGCCGGAAUGCCCUCUUGCGCAAUCAGGAUCUUCUGUGCAAUCAGGAUCUGUUAUGGAGCGUGGAGCGGGAGCGGGAGCGGGAGCUGGAGCUGGACGAGAGCAUUCUCGUGUGGCACAUCGCCACCCAUCUCUACCUCACUUGGCUCAGGCCUAGAGUAGACCUCUCCAUGUUUCCAGAUCUUGAUCGCGCGGCGGCGCUGUCCAACUACCUCUUCUUUCUGCUGGCAGCGCGCCCGUAUAUGCUCCCUUACCCUGCUAGCCGCUAUAGGUAUGUGCAUCUGUGCUACGAUGUCAUCUGCUCACCCGAGGAUAUACUCGGGUCCAUACAGGACCAGGUGCGUGAUUGGAACGGUCUGGAGAUCGAUUGUCGUCCGUCGUCUGAUGAAUCUCUAGACGCAGGAUGUCGGCUUGCCGUACAGCUGCUCACCCUCAGCCUACCUCCAGAGACAGCUGAUGUGAAAAGGCUUGUUCAAAUGAUCUGCGAUGUGUGGGUGGAGAUGCUGUGCUAUACGGCCUACCGCUGCAACGAGAACUUCCAUGCCAAACACCUCAAUGACGGUGGUGAGCUCUUGACCGCCAUUGCACUUUUCAUGCUCUACUCCUCCAGUGGUUUUAUUGAGAAAGAUGACGCAGGCCGGGCGGCCGACACUCAAACCACAGACGAGAAUAAUGUUGUUUAAUGUGUCCGUGUUGCCAUGAUUUUUUCAGCGCACGUGCACUUGUAUCACCACGGAGCCGUGCAUGUCGAAUAAAAAUUAGCAGCAUCUGCUAAUCCUUUUCUUCUUCUGCUUGCUAAGAACAAAGUCUCUUCACGCAUUGAGUUGCGCUCCAUGCAGAGGCCGCUGUUCUAUGUUGUACCGAGUGAAUUUCCUUUCCAUGCAUUUUCCAAUGAGGAUGUAAGACAAAUACUCCCACCCUCUUACCGGGUCUAAUCAUAUCAGAUACUGUAUGUCUGUAUCAGAUAACUACUAUAUAUUAA